UACUACGGGUCUUCUUCUCCAAAGCUUUCACGAGAACCAAAUCGAGCUUUUGAUCAUUCAAAAUCAGAAUCGAAGAUCUUCAAUUCCAUCAAAAUCGAGGAGCUUCGUUUCUCUGAUUUCUUCGAUUGAGGUUGAUUCUAACACUAAUUUUGAUUUCGACCAUAAACUGAAGGAAGAUACUGAAGUAAGCUUGAAACAAUGUUACAUGUGUUCUUUUAGAAUGAAAGACGAAGACAGGGAAGCGAGAAUCGAACAGAAGAAGAAAAUAUCCGAGAUUUUCAAAGAUUUUAUGACAGGAAUCACACAGCUUGAGGAACUAGGGAAUGCUGCAAACAACUUUCUUCUUCGGUUUCAGCAAGGACUAAGUUUUCUUCAACGCCCUCCAAUGGUUACUUCGUCUAAGUUGAUGGAGAACAUUAUCAAGAAGAAUGAAACAAGACGGCUUAAAUCAUAUAUGGAAGCGGGAUGUAUUAACAUCCACGAUGCUGCACAAAGUACAAGAGCUUUGCAUACAUCCCUAUCUGGACUUUCUGACCACCUAAUCAAAGCCAAAAGCUUGUUAAUUGAGCUUGAGCGUCUCACCGAUGAAGCAGCCCUUGCCAUUGAGACUGCCACACAGUUUUCCGUACAGCUAGAUAAAUACUCAAGUGAUGAAUUGCAACAAGUAACGUGUGAUGAGGAGAACGAGACUGCACAAUUACCUCAAGGACCUGAAGUUCUAGAGUACGCUGCACUUAUCGCAGUUAUUUACAGUAUGAUGAAGCAGAACUAUGCGAUGCAGGAAAAGAUUGUGAGAUCGCUUAGUUUGAAGUCAUCAUCUGGUGAGCUAGAGAGUUACAGUCUGAUGUGGUCAUUGCGUCCGUUUGUAGAAGAUGAGAUUGUGAACAGUGCAUGGAAAUGGAUUUACUAAAAAUAUUUUCAUC